AUGAAAAGGAAUCCUGACGCGACCCAUCAACAUACUGGCUGGUUCGCCGGUUUGAAGCAACGUCAUCCCUUCCUUACGAAGAAGCGCGGCAAGGCGCUCAUUGUCCUUCUAUGUCUUCUCCCUCUGCUUGGUUUGCUGGGCCUGCUUGCUUUGCGCAACCGAGGCGGAAAUGGAGCGAAUGGGACAGGUGGAGGAAGCGGGAGCCCCCAGGGUGCAAUCACUGAUGACACGUUCUUUUAUGGCCAGUCUGAACCGGUUUACCCUUCACCUUCAAUGACAGGCACCGGUACAUGGGCGGACUCGUACAGCAAAGCUUCAGCACUUGUAUCGAACAUGUCGACAGAGGAGAAGGUUAGCUUAACAACAGGAGCAGGCGCAAAUACAGGCUGCGCCGGUAAUAUACCAGCAAUAUCGCGGCUCAACUUCCCUGGUCUUUGUCUGAUGGAUGCUGGCCAAGGCCUCCGCGGCACAGACUUCGUUUCUGGCUGGCCCAGCGGCAUCAGUGUUGGAGCAAGCUGGAACAAGAACUUGACCAGAUAUCGCGGUAUGGGCAUGGGAGGCGAAUACAAGACUAAAGGUGUCAACGUUGCCCUGGGUCCUGUUGUCGGGCCUGUGGGCAGGGUUGUCACUGGUGGCAGAAACUGGGAAGGCUUUUCAGUUGACCCUUAUCUAUGCGGUGUGCUCGCUUCUGAGACUGUGUCUGGUAUACAGUCAGUUGGUGUCAUCACAAGCACCAAACACUUUAUUGGAAAUGAGCAGGAAACUCAUCGUGUGCCGGCUCACAACAUUGAGGCCGUCUCGUCGAACAUCGAUGACAAGACGAUGCAUGAGGUUUAUCUUUGGCCUUUCCAAGAUGCAGUCAAGGCUGGUUCUGGCAACAUCAUGUGCAGUUAUAAUCGCGUGAACAACUCAUAUGGUUGCGCAAACAGCAAAACGCAAAAUGGAUUGCUAAAGACAGAGCUGGGCUUUCAAGGUUUCGUUGUUUCUGACUGGGGCGCGCUUCACGCGGGUGUUGCUUCAGCCAAUGCUGGUAUGGACAUGGUUCAGCCCAAUGCAGCAGACCUGUGGGGAGACAAAUUACUGGAGUCAGUUAACAACGGUUCCGUGUCUGAAGCAAGGUUAGACGACAUGGCUACGAGGAUAGUGGCUGCUUGGUACCAAAUGGGCCAAGAUCAGGAUUUCCCUGCUCCGGGGAUUGGCAUGCCAGCUGAUCUAACAAAACCUCAUACCAUCAUUGAUGCCAGGAAUUCGUCCUUCAAGCAGGUACUGUGGGACGGUGCAGUUGAAGGACACGUGCUUGUCAAAAACAUAAACUCAGCACUCCCGCUACAGAAGCCCAAAAUGUUAUCCUUGUAUGGAUACUCUGCGAGGAAUCCCGACCAAUGGAACUAUGAUGCAGCUGGGGGCGUUACACCAUGGAUGUUUGGCGGCGAAUCGGCUUUCCUUGGUCGGUAUGUCUCUGGUGCAUUUGCCCUUGAUUCGUUGGAGGACAUCCCACAGAUUGCGCCCAACGGCACAAUUGUCAGUGGUGGAGGUAGUGGUGCUGUGACACCAUCCCAUAUCAGUUCGCCUUUUGACGCGAUGAAUUCCCGGGCGUAUGACGACAACACGGCCUUGUUCUGGGAUUUCAUACGCCCUGACCCAUAUGUUGACGCGGCAUCAGAUGCGUGCAUCGUAGUUGUCAAUGCUUUUGCAUCGGAAGGUUACGAUCGACCAGGCACGCACGAUGAUUACACAGACGGCCUCAUCAAACAUGUCGCCGAACGCUGUAACAACACAAUCGUUGUCUUUCACAACGCCGGAGUACGCCUGGUAGAUCAGUUUAUUGAUCAUACCAACGUCACAGCAGUUAUAUUUGCCCAUCUGCCAGGUCAGGAAUCAGGCCAUGCUCUAGUGUCAUUGCUUUAUGGAGACUCCAACCCAUCUGGCAAACUUCCAUAUACAAUUGCCCGUAACGAAUCAGAUUACGAGACAUUACUGAAUGCUUCCCAAGCUGCAGGAAUAUUUGAGAAUUAUCCUCAAUCAAACUUCACAGAGGGGGUUUAUAUUGAUUACCGACAUUUCGAUGCCAAGAACAUUACGCCGCGGUAUGAGUUCGGAUUCGGGUUGUCGUACACCUCGUUCAACUACUCAGGUUUAAAUGUUCAGAAGAACGAAACUGCAAACAUGGCAAACUACCCAAUGGGAGACAUCGUAGAGGGAGGACAGUCCGAUUUAUGGGAUCUGCUGGCCACCGUGUCUGCAAAGGUUCAGAACACAGGCGGAGUCAGUGGCGCAGAGGCUGCUCAGCUCUAUGUCGGCAUCCCAGGGGCACCAUCGAAGCAACUUCGCGGCUUCGACAAGCCCUUCAUCAAUGCUUCGCAAUCAGCAACGGUUGCAUUUGACUUGACGAGACGCGACUUGAGUAUCUGGGACGUAGCCGCACAAAAGUGGCUUUUGCAGAAUGGGACAUACAAUAUUUACGUUGGAGCAAGCAGCCGAGACAUCCUGUUGGAAGGUAGUUUUGUCAUCUGA